CCGCCCUCCGUGCCCUCAAGUGAGCAUGCGCACGGGCUUAGCAUGCCAUAGCAACCGGAGCGCUGGACGAUAGCAACAAGAGUCAUCACAAUGGAAAGAUAUUUAUAUGAAGAGAGCAUUGAAUAGCCAGUGCAAAAUAUUCAACAUCCACAAGUAAUCCAGGUGUAAGAAGACACUUUCAGGAGAAUGCCCCCAAUGGCUUCCCUGAGAUGAAAAGGCUCCAAAGAACCUCUGGAGUGCAAAAGCAACAACUAUCAAGGAAGCACUCGCCAAAUGGGAAGAAAAAAAUGGUCAAAAGCCAUCUGAAGCCAAAGAAGUGAAACUUUAUGCCCAGAUCCCCCCUAUAGAGAAGAUGGAUGCAUCUCUUUCAACACUUGUUAACUGCGAAAAGCUGUCUCUAUCUACAAACUGCAUUGAAAAAAUUGCCAACUUGAAUGGGCUAAAAAACCUGCGGAUUUUGUCAUUGGGGAGAAACAACAUAAAGAAUCUGAAUGGCCUGGAAGCAGUUGGAGAUACUUUAGAAGAGCUGUGGAUUUCGUACAACCUAAUUGAAAAAUUGAAAGGGCUUCAUGUUAUGAAGAAGCUGAAGAUUCUGUACAUGUCCAAUAAUCUGGUGAAAGACUGGGCAGAGUUUGUGAGGUUGGCAGAGCUGCCAUUACUAGAAGAUCUGGUGUUUGUAGGCAAUCCAUUGGAAGAGAAAUAUUCUGCUGAUUCUCAGAGUGCCUGGGUUGAGGAAGCAACUAAGCGAGUGCCGAAACUGAAGAAACUUGAUGGGAUUCCAGUUAUUAAGCAGGAAGAAGGUGAAGAAGGAGAAAACUAGUAGAACUAUUGCUUCUUUUCAUUAAAUUAUAGAUGUAUCUCCUGGACUACACACAAGGUGAAUCUCCUGUAUAAACAUGUCUUUGAAGAAAAACUUGGACAACACUUUUUACUGACUAAUUUCCAUAUUCUCCUUUCUCAUCCAAAGAGUUCUUUACCAAAACUGUGGAGGCCAAUUAUGUGAAGCAUCUGUCCUAAUUUUUUGCUUUUGAAUAUGGAUGUUUACUUUUUUAUUUAAUAGGUGUUUUUUAUAAAAAAUAUACUGAUUUGAAAACAACUGUUCCUUCUGCUCAGUGUUCCUGUUUAUCAGCAGAUUUGCUUAAAGCAUUUGUUUUGCAGAUAUUUUUUAAUCAUUUAAAAAGUGGGGACAAUGAAAUAACAUUUUGUAUUAAGACUAUAUAUAUCAUUUUUAAGUAUCUCCUUUCUGAAGAAAAACAUUGAAACUUUGUGUGCUUAAAUGUCCUUCACACUGUCUCAGCAUUCUCUCAUUUGCAUUGCUAAUUGUAGGUAUAUAGUCACUGGCAUUAGUUUUGCCUAUAAAGAAAGGAAGCUCAUGGUAUGGAUCAACAAUAUAGCAGAAUGCCUGGGAAUAUACCAUAUAAAGCAGCAUUGGAAUCCCAAAUUUUUUAACAUUUUGAGAGCCCCUUCCUACUUCAUUAUAUAGUAUUAAACAAAGGAAUCUGUUUCUUGGAACUUGUUUUACUAUGCUUUUUCAGAUUCCCUUGCAUACUUUGUUUUAAGAAACAAGUCAGUCUGAACAAAGAUUUGUACUGCUGAUAUAGCUGUUACUGAAUGGCAAAGCUCUUUCAUCACUCUGGAAUUUCAGUAAUCUAAGUAGGGGCAGCAGCUGUCUUAGGAGACCUAAACCUUGCAGCUUCCUUGAAAAGUUUCAGUUUCAGGCUUGAUCCUUGGUAAAUGGCAGCUGAAGAAGCUGCAGGAAGGAAAGAAGGGGAAAGGAAAUGAGGCUUUUUCUGCUCAUGUGCUAUUUCUUUUUAGAUGAAAUUAAAAGGCCAUAAACUCUUUCCCAAACCCCUCACCUUCUGCUUCUGUAUAUCUUUUGUUUGUACCACUGAACCUUAUUUAAGCAUUAUUUAAAAUAAUGCU